AUGUUGGGAUUACUAUUACUAUUGUCGGUAAGUUUAAGUGGAGAAGUGGUGUUGAGUAAUGUGGUUCAUGAUAGAUGCAGAGCAACAAUAGGGAGUGACAAUGACAUGCUUCAAUUUCAUAUGAAUAUCGACUACUUGCUUUGUGAAUUCUUCAUGUGUAGUGCUACCGGUAAAAGCUGUGAUCAGUUUGAUCCUUCUUUAGCAGCUAGAGGUCCACCUCCUUUUGGCUGUCGAAGGGGCAACUUCGAUCCUCUUUACCGUCAGGCCAUUGAGGAUUUCGGAUUUAUCAUAAUUGGCCACCUAAGAGCCACGGCAAGGGCGUUAAGGGGACGAGUUAUUCCAAGGCCAUUGUUGAAUAUAAGCAGAGAAGCAAUAGCAAGAAGUUUUGUCAAUGGCGCCUUUCGCUGCCCACUCACACCUCCCUUCGACCCUUACGCCGCCCCCGACCAGCAUGCCAUUGUUGCUCAGUUCAUCACCUACACUGCAUCUCUCCUCCUAAAUGGAGCAAUCCCGAGGAUUCGUGAUCGUGACCACCUCUCGCUGGUAGGAAAACUUCUAGGCAUGAGGGCUGGACAAAAUGCUGUUUUCCGAGGUCGUCUAUACCGAAGGUCAAACGCAACGGUGGUUCCUUAUGAAAUAACCUUGGCGGAGUUCACGAAAAAGACAGCAGAGUUGGUAAACAGGCAAGCAAAAUGUGGCGUAAAAGAUGAAGGAGUCAUUGUUCCUCGGUCGCUCGGGGCAGAGAAUCGAACAGAGAUCAACAUUCUAGCUGCCGAUGUUAAUUCUCUUAUGUAUACGCGAACGCCACAGGAGGUGUUGCGCAUAGUGUAUGGAUCUGGCAACGAAAGUGUUCCUGGUGGAUUUUUUCCCAAAGGUGCUAAUGGAAGGAUUGCUGAACGUUUCAGGAGAUCAAGAAACGACUAAUAACGAACUCAAAUUUAAGAUUAUAUAUGAAUAAAAUUAAAGUUUAAAGGGCUGAUGAUAUGGUGAAUCAGUCCUAAACUAUUAAUACUAUAUGUAAUCCAAAAAACAAACCCU